CAACGGUUUUUCGGACCAAGAACCAGGGCACAAUCACCAUCCGUCGCCCUUCUGGCUCGAGGCGUUUGCCUUUGCCGGCGCAGCCUCCGUGGACCGUAGCACCCUGCGUAACACCACUGCACGAGCCAUGCGGGGCCUCGCCCGCUGCGCCGUGCUCGCCGCGGCCCCCGCCGCCCUGGGCUUCCAAGUCCUGGACGCCGAGGCCGGGCAGCAGCAGCAGAGCCUGCGGGCGCGCGCGGACGGGCUGGGCAGCGCGUCCGGCGUCGCCGGGCACGAGGUCGCCCUGGACGAGACCAGCGUGCAGCAGUCCUCCGUCGUGCUGGACGAGAUCAGCGCGCAGCAGUCCUCCGUCGUGCUGGACGAGAUCAGCGCGCAGCAGAUCUCGAGCCGCAGCGUCCAGCAGGUGGAUGCGGAGAGCCCCAUCGCACAGCUCAGUGACGAGGUGAGGGAACGGCUGCGGAAGAUGACGGGCGCCAAGGACGACGCGACCCUGGCCGCGGCGAUGUUCCCAGGGUCGGCCGAGGGCAGGCCGGUGCUCGUGGCGCCCCCCUACCUGCGCAACCAGCCCGCGUCCCGGCCCACGGCCGAGCGCGCCGCGAGCCUGCUCUCGUUCGGCGCCGGCGACCGGUCGGCCGCGAAGGCGGCCGGCGCUGGGGCGGGGCUCGCGGAGUUCGCGCCCUCCGCCGAGUUCCAGGCCGAGGCCUCCGGCGAGGCGGCCAGGGCCGCGGGCGCCGCGGAGGCCGCCGCGGAGGCCGCGGGCGCGCUGCCCUGGGGCGUCGGCUCGCCGCGCACCGGCGACUCGCUGCCCAACUUCCACUACUCCAGCAUGCCGAUGAUUGACGGCCCCAAGGAGUGGGAGUACAGUCUGGAGAGCGGGGACAACAUCCGGAGUUUCAGCAGCGCCCAGCAGGACGUGAAGCUCGUGACGCAGGUCUUCGAGAACAUCACCAACGGGUUCUACGUGGACUCGAACGCCGGGGACGGCGAGAUCAACAGCAACACGCUGCUGCUAGAGCUCGCUGGCUGGCGCGGCCUCAUCAUGGAGCCCCGCCCCUACUGGUACAUGAACCUGUGGAGCAAGUGGCGCAAGGCCUGGCUGUUCCUGGGGUGCCUCUCGCCGCACGAGAACUCCACGAAGAUUGGCUUCGACACCGACGGAAACAUCGACAUGCUGAGCGGGCACAUGAUCCACGCCCACCCCAUGAAGUCCUUCAUGGCCGAGAUGGGCGGGCGCAAGACGAUCGAUUUCUGGAACCUGAACAGCGGCAACUACGAGGCCGAGAUCCUGAACGAGACCCUAUUGGGCUCUGGCAGCUUCCUCGAGUUUGGCGUCGUCCUCGUCCGCUUCGACGGCCGUCGUGCGGGGCGUGGAACAGAGCCGUACGUGCAGAUGAGGUCGAGGGACGCGACAGAGGAACUCAUCUUCGAGAUCUGCCACAACGCCAGCCUGAGGCACAUUGGCGGCCUCGACGCGUACUGGAUCAACCACGUCGAGCCGCGCUACGGAUUCAAGGACGAGGUCUGGGUGAACCCCAGGUAUUUCGAGAGGCGGGGCAUCCCGACGCCCACGUCGCUCAAGUCGGCGCCGCCCCCGCCACUGGCCGACUACUCCCCGCACACGUCCGCUGACUUCUCGUGGGACUACGGCUACAGCAGGUUCGAGGAGAUCGGCAG